AUGCAGCUCUUCGCCCUCCUCCCCGUCCUCGCCGCGUUCGUCGCGUCCAGCUCCGCCGUCACCGUUGGAGCCUCCGGCGCCAUCGAGUGCCAGUCCGAGACCAUCGUCUCGGAGACUUUCAUCGGCAAGGGCAAGGACGUCCAGAUGACCCACUCGCACUGCGAGACAUCGACGUCCAAGGUGGAGGCGAACGACGUCGCCGCCGUCCCUGAUGCACCGGUCAACAACGUCUGCAGCGCGUCGUGCAACACCUUCUGCUUCAGCCCCUCCGGCGGAGGCCCCAACGAGGACGACUGCAAGGUCAUCGCAGACGCCAUCCUCUACGACAGCGAAAACGAGUCCGCGACGUUCAACGCGACCGCCGCCGGGACCGCGUCGGACAAGAUCACGAUGAAGUACCACUCGUGCACCACGUACUUCCUCACCCAGAACGCGACCGCCACUCUCACGUACUGCCGCCAAGACUGGGCUUCCCUCGUCACCUGGCUCUCUAGCGACUGCAACUCCGCGAACAACGCCCACGGGGGUCUGUGCGUCGCUGCCGACCAGCAGUGGUACGUCCAGGUCCAGAACUCCGGGUAG